UUGCCCGAGGUCCCCGGGGGCGGCAUCGCCUCCCCGCACCCCAUGAGGGCAGGACCGGCCCUCGGUGAGCGCGGCCCUGCCUCCCCGCAGCGGGGAGGGGCGAGGGCACGGCGGGAGGCGCCGGGGCUCGGCGCGGCUGGGCUCGGCCGCCGCUGCGACCCUGUUUCAGAGUAAAACUGAGAUUCACAAGUCUCCUCUAAGAUGUCUUACAGAAAGGAGCUAGAAAAAUACCGAGACCUGGAUGAAGACAAGAUUCUUGGAGCUCUGACAGAGGAGGAGCUCAGGAAGUUAGAGAAUGAACUGGAAGAGCUGGAUCCUGAUAAUGCAUUGCUGCCAGCAGGGCUCAGGCAGCGGGAUCAGACACAAAAGCCACCAACUGGACCAUUCAAAAGGGAGGAACUCAUGGCCCAUCUAGAAAAGCAGGCGAAGGAUGUAAAGGACAGAGAAGACUUGGUUCCUUUCACAGGAGAAAAGAGAGGAAAAGCUUGGAUACCCAAGGAGAAGCCGAUGGAUCCUGUUUUGGAAAGUGUGACUCUUGAGCCAGAACUGGAAGAAGCCCUUGCUAAUGCUUCUGAUGCAGAGCUCUGUGACAUUGCUGCCAUCCUUGGCAUGCACACCCUGAUGAGUAACCAGCAGUACUAUGGAGCACUGGGGAGCAGCACCAUUGUGAACAAAGAAGGGCUUAACAGUGUGAUUAAACCCACACAGUACAAACCAGUUCCUGAUGAGGAACCGAACUCAACAGAUGUGGAGGAAACUCUGAAACGAAUACAAAGUAAUGAUCCUGACCUUGAGGAAGUCAACCUUAACAAUAUUAUGAAUAUUCCCAUACCAACUUUAAAAGCUUUUGCAGAAGCACUGAAAAAUAACACCUAUGUGAAGAAGUUCAGUAUAGUUGGGACACGGAGCAAUGAUCCUGUUGCUUUCGCACUGGCAGAAAUGCUGAAGGUCAAUAACACACUGAAGAGCCUGAAUGUGGAAUCAAAUUUCAUAUCUGGGACAGGAAUCUUGGCUGUUGUUGAAGCACUCCAGGGCAACACAUCACUUGUCGAGCUGCGCAUCGACAAUCAGAGCCAGCCCUUGGGCAACAAAGUAGAAAUGGAAAUCGCAAACAUGUUGGAAAAAAACACAUCCCUGCUGAAGUUCGGGUACCAUUUCACUCAGCAGGGGCCACGGCUCCGUGCCUCAAAUGCCAUGAUGAGUAACAAUGACCUAGCCGGUAUCAUGCCCCUAGGAAGCACAGCCAAGCAAAGAAGUAUGUGCCAGUUCUCCAGUGACCACACAGAAUACUCAGCGUUAGGGUUCACUGUGUAUUGACUCUGCCUGCAGCUUCAUUCCUGGUCACUAGAGAGUUUCCCUGGGAAAGGCCUGCUAUUUCCUGUCCUUUGGAACAGAGCAAGGAUUUAAAUGACCAUGCAGCACCUGGGAUACAAAGUAAUCAGCUGGAAAAUUUGCAUAUUUUAAUUGUUCCUGCUGUAAGGGGAAGAAUUCACAACUUGCCUUCCAUGUAACAGUUGUGCAUUUUGCCUCUUCAACCAUUAAACUCUGCAUUUUUGUCUGAUUUGGUUCUUGUCUGCAGCUCGCAUUCAUCGGUGUGAUGGUCUCUGGCAAUAGCAUCUUGGCUCCACACCCGGACAAUGUAUAAGUAUAGAAAAACUUUACUUUCUUCCCUGUCAGCAAUAGUUCUCUGCUUGUGCUCCACUCCAGUGCUCUUGCCUACCAUCACCUGAUGCUACCAGAACUUGGUUUAGCUUUGUUUCUCUAAGGUGCUCUACAUGAAUCAGCUGUGAAAGAUUUUUACACUCAACCUCAUGAGCUAACUUCUGCAUCCUCUUUAUACUGUUUUUCCCCCCUUUUUAUCUCACACACUCUUCUCAGUAAAUCACAUAAAUCCACCUUAAGAGUAGACAGGAGACUGCUUUGACCAAGUUAACCAUAAUCAGAGGGUUGGAGGCUAAAGGCUUAAGAUAAGAAAUAAGAUUAUUUUAUUUUUUUAAAUUUGCAAUGGCAGUUUAGAAAAACUGGCAAAGGAAGAACUGUGGCAUCUGUCUCCUGCUGUGUUUACAGCAGUUAGCAUCAGGUGAUGCUUGUGGCCCAAAGUCAGGUUACAAAGACAAACUGUGUGAAAUAAUUGACUGUAGAAUAAGGGAGGUAAGGCUGAAAGCAGCUUCUGGCCUUAGAUAUUCAUAGGGGCAGAAACCUCAUCUUGCCUUCCGUGACUUUAAAUUGCAUAGGGCUGUGCCUGCUGCUUUUAGCAGGACUUCAGAAGCUGAUGCUAUCCUGUUUCUUUCCUGGCAGAACAUACAUGUCUCCAUUCCCAUCCACAGCAGGUAAGUCAAGCCACAUCUUCCCCCUGCCAUGACUGACUCCUCUUCCUAUUCUUUUUCAGUGAGAAAAAGAAGACUUGCAGAGCUGAAUGGGCCUAUUUUUCCCAAGUGUAGAACUGGAGUGUAGUUCCUGGCUAUGGAGGUCAUUCCUGGGGAUAUGUACUACACUGUGGAAAUCUAAAGGCAAUAAGUGCCUUGACACAGUAUUUGUGGUGCCUCAGUUCUGUUUUGUGCACUAACAGUUUAACUAGUGGCUGUAGUUGAAGUAGGACUGUUGAUGUUUUCUGUAGAGUUGGAAACUAUUCAAGCCCAUUUUAUGCAAUCUCAGUUUAGAAUACAUCCCAGUGUAAAAGUCACUCUUAUUUAUCCUGGGACCUAAUUUUUCAAUAAACUUCCUGCACAGUGUUUCCAUACAGCUAGGAUGUGGUAUGCAUGAGUGAAAGAUACAAUUGUUCACACGAGUUACAGAGGUAUUAAAAAAAUAUUUUUUUUUCCCAAACUGAUUUCAAGAAACUAUAGAGGAGCAACUAGCUUAACAAGCACUUCUACUGCCUGGAAACAUGGCCAAUGUCAAGAAUUGUGAAUUACAAUAUUUACUGACAUUUGCUGAGUCAAUUAGUUGGAGAUGCUGUUUCAAAUGCAUCUCUGUGUUUCUUCUCCACCCUAUGAUUAAAUGGAACUUAAGGCCACCAGUUACAAAACAGAGUCUCAUUAGCUGAGCAGUUUAGGAUGGGUUAAUAUGCUUCUCUCCUAUGCAUGCCUGAAGAAAACCAUCAUCUUUAGGGAGGCAAUGCAAAUCCUAACCCUGCAGAGAUGGCCAAACUGAUCAGAAAACCAAAGCCCUCUCUUGUAAUCCCCACUCCCUUCAGUUUCCUAAUGUUAAAAGCAUGUGUUCACUGGAAACAAGUAAAAUUCUCUUUGCUGUUUAGUCUAGAAGACCGUGUCCAUUAAUUAAAUUUUGUUCUGGUAGGGAUUGUUUAUUUUACUGCUGUCCCUAAUGUCUGCAUAAAUGCUGCACCUUAGAAAAGCUGUUGGGUGAAAUAUCCCAAUCCUGAACCGACACUGCAUACAAUGUGACCACUGUUUGUCAGAGCCUGCUACCCAUCAUCCCAUACCCACAGGCUUUAGAGCUCCCAGACAUGCAUUGGAUUGGACCCAACACUAUCCCAUCCAAAACUCACACUAUUAAUGCGGGUGGGAUCCUGCUGGGUAGGAAGUCUCCUGGCAGCAGCAUUGCUGUACUGAAGCCUUAUUCAUGGUCUGAUGAUAUGUCCUAGAAAAUGUUUUCUCUUGUUAGAAAUCUGUUAAGAGUGAAGUUUUGCAGACUUUUACAUAUAUUCCAGCAGAAGUCCCACAGAUUUCUUUAGAGCUUGUGCGCAAAUGUCACCCAUGAUUUAGCUCUCAGAACAAAGCAGAGAAACACUAAACUUUCAGCAAUGUGGGAAACAUACUUGUUGCUCUUCAAAUCUCAAUAAAUGCACCAGUGGUGUCAAAUAAAACGCUGCAAUAUAGGUUUUUCCCCUCACCCUGCAAAUUCCGCAUCAGAAAAUCAGAAGAAAAAUGCUUGAAAACUUAUUUUUUUAAAAAACCCUGGCGGACAGCCUCUUUCUUCCAUACACACUGCAAAGACUUCAAAAUGGUCAACUAAAUCAUCACACCAGAGUCACACAGUUCCAGCUGGGCUGUCCACGCGCAUUUGCAUGGUACAGGCUCAGGUCUUCCAUUGGUGUCAGAAAAAC